CGCUGCGGCCGGAGGCGGUGGAGCCGCGCAGGAAGCGGAAGGCGCCGCCUGACCUUCCUCCUCCUCCUCCUCCUCCUCCUCCUCCUGCUCGCCCCGCGCCGCCGGGCACGGAGCAUGGCGGUGCCCAGGCUCCUGCGGGCCGCAGCCCCGCGCCUCUACAGCACCGUGGUGGCCCCGGCGCCGGCCCGGCAGCCCGGCGGUGCGGACGACAGGCUGCUCACGGAGCCUCUGGGCCACCCCGACUUCUUCAACGUGCAGGAGCUCUUCUCCCUGAAAGAUCUCUUCGACGCCCGGGUGCACCUGGGGCACAAAAAGGGCUGCCGGCAUAGGUUCAUGGAGCCCUACAUCUUCGGCUGCCGCCUGGGGCAGGACAUCAUCGACUUGGAUCAGACCAUGCAGCACCUCCAGCUGGCUCUCAACUUCACGGCGCACGUCGCCUACCGCAAAGGCAUCAUCCUCUUCGUCAGCCGCAACCGCCAGUUCGGCCACCUGGUAGAGAGCACGGCGCGGGAGUGCGGCGAGUACGCCCACACCCGCUACUGGCAGGGCGGCCUGCUCACCAACGCCCACAUCCAGUUCGGGCCCGGCGUCCGCCUGCCCGACCUCCUCGUCUUCAUCAACAGCCUCAACAACGUCUUCGAGCCCCACGUGGCCAUCCGGGAUGCUGCCAAAAUGAACAUCCCCACGGUGGGUGUGGUGGACACGAACUGCAACCCCUGCCUGAUCACCUACCCCGUCCCCGGGAACGACGACAGCCCCGCCGCCGUGGAGCUCUACUGCAAGCUCUUCAAGAUGACCAUCAUCCGUGCCAAGGACAAGAGGAAGCAGAAGGAGGUCUUCUACGAGCUGCAGAGCAAAGCGAAGGGCGCUUAGAGCCGCUUUGCGCUCACGCUGGCCUAGGGACAGAAGCGACCGUGCCCAGCAGCUUGACACGUCCUCCGUGCUGACGAGGGGCAUGAGGAGAUGGGCGUCCCACAAUCCUGCACUCCGAGUGUUGCCGCUGGCUUUUGGCAGAGCUGGGCUGGUUGCCAGAAGGGACCCCGCAGCUCUGUCGCUGUGCAGAGAUCCCGCAGCAGAGACCGCUGCAGAGGAGGGGACUGAAGGGACGUGAAGGGACUUCCCUGCUCCGCUCUCCGCCCUGGAUAAAAGCUGGCCAGAGCCACCCCAGGGAGACGGAGCAGGGCCCGUCCCUGUUCCUCUCCUUGCGUUUGUCCCUGGUGCAAGGAGACGCUUCUGUCCUGUGGCCUUCCUAUUUCUGAGCUUAUGAUCUUGUAUGGAACCACAUUUCUUCUUGACGUGGCAAAUAAAGUGGUCUUUCAUCCUC